AUGCGUUUUGCAAGCUUUUCUGUUGUAUUUGCCAGUUUCGGCGCUUUGGUCUUCAGUUUGCCGACAGACCAAGCUAGUCAGGCCUCUAAGGCACUUCGAGAUGUCAUUACCUUCCCUAACAACACCUGGGUUGAGAAUAUUGCCGUACGAUCCAACGGAAAUCUUCUCGUCACUCUCAUCAACUUGCCCGAGGUUUGGGAGAUCGAACCACUUUCUGGGUCUGCUGAGCUGGUGUACUCGUUCCCCGACGCCAACGUAAGUUUGGGAAUUGCAGAAGUGACACACGACGUGUUUGCUGUCAAUGUUGGAAACUUCUCGGGGCCAGGCGUGGGUGUACCUGGCAGUUGGAGCAUAUGGACACUGGACUACAACACCGGGAAUCCGAGCUCAAAAAAGCCAACAGGGAAAGAAGUUAGUGCGAUUUCGUCGGCAGUUUUCCUAAACGGCCUUGCCGCUCUAGCUUCCAAGCCUGGUGUUGUUCUUACAGGCGAUUCUUUCCUCGGUCAAGUCUUUGCAGUAGACAUUUUCAGCGGCCGCUACAGCGUCGCCAUCGAUGUUCCAGAGUUCAAGAGAAACACCAGUGCAGAACUACAGCUUGGCAUCAAUGGAAUGAAAGUCCACGAUGGAUCUCUAUACUUCACAAACUCUUUCCAGUCUCCACUCCUUGCCAAGAUACCAUUGUCCGUCAACGGCAACGCUGCUGGCCCGGUGAAAACCAUCGCGAAGAGCGCGCAGUACCCAAUUGACAUUGGAUUCCAAGCCGAUGACUUUGUGUUAGAUGCUACGGCUGAGCACGCGUGGGUUGCGGCGAAUCCUUCUAAUUUCAUUGUCCGAAUCGCCACUGCUACAGGGAAACAGCAAGUUGUAGCCGGUGGGAAGUCGGACCAGACAGUUGCGGGUGCGACAAGUGCGGCCUUUGGAAGGAAUUGGUACGACAAGCAAAUAUUGUAUAUCGUGACGGAUGGAGGCUUGGCCGACCCAAGUUCAGCUGGAGUUACAGGUGGUAAAGUUAUAGCCCUUGAUACUACAAAGGUGUAA